AUGUCAAGGGUGCCGAGUCCUCCUCCUCCGGCAGAAAUGUCGAGUGGACCUGUAGCAGAGAGCUGGUGCUACACUCAGAUCAAGGUGGUGAAGUUUUCCUACAUGUGGACCAUAAACAACUUCAGCUUCUGCCGAGAAGAAAUGGGUGAGGUCAUCAAAAGCUCAACCUUUUCAUCUGGAGCCAAUGAUAAACUCAAAUGGUGUUUACGUGUGAACCCUAAAGGCUUGGAUGAAGAAAGUAAAGAUUAUCUAUCCCUCUAUCUGUUGCUGGUGAGCUGUCCAAAAAGUGAAGUUCGAGCAAAGUUCAAAUUCUCCAUCCUGAAUGCUAAGGGAGAAGAAACAAAAGCAAUGGAGAGCCAGCGAGCAUAUCGAUUUGUACAAGGCAAGGACUGGGGAUUCAAAAAAUUUAUUAGAAGAGACUUUCUUUUGGAUGAGGCCAAUGGACUUCUUCCAGAUGACAAACUCACUCUCUUCUGUGAGGUUAGUGUGGUACAGGACUCUGUCAAUAUCUCCGGCCAGAACACUAUGAACAUGGUGAAGGUACCAGAGUGCCGCUUGGCAGAUGAGUUGGGAGGACUCUGGGAGAAUUCGCGCUUCACGGACUGCUGUCUGUGUGUUGCAGGCCAGGAGUUCCAGGCUCACAAAGCCAUACUAGCAGCACGUUCCCCUGUUUUCAGCGCCAUGUUUGAGCAUGAGAUGGAAGAGAGUAAAAAGAAUCGGGUUGAAAUCAAUGAUGUGGAGCCUGAAGUUUUUAAGGAAAUGAUGUGCUUUAUUUACACGGGGAAGGCACCAAAUCUUGACAAAAUGGCUGAUGACUUGCUGGCAGCUGCUGACAAGUAUGCUCUAGAACGUCUGAAGGUGAUGUGUGAGGAUGCACUGUGCAGUAACCUGUCUGUGGAAAAUGCAGCUGAGAUCCUCAUUCUAGCUGACCUGCAUAGUGCUGAUCAACUGAAAACUCAAGCAGUGGACUUCAUUAACUAUCAUGCUUCUGACGUCAUGGAGACAUCGGGCUGGAAGUCGAUGGUAGUAUCGCAUCCCCAUUUGGUGGCUGAGGCAUAUCGCUCUUUGGCCUCUGCACAGUGUCCCUUUCUGGGACCCCCACGUAAGCGACUGAAGCAAUCCUAAAGUCCUGUCUGUCACACCACCCCAUGUUUUUCUGGAAGCAGCAUCAGCUGAUGCUGCUGUAACCUUGACCACCAGGUAGACAGCGAAAUCUGUGGAGCUUUUACUCUGUUGUUGGGGGGAAGAGACUGCUUCGUGACACCCAGACUUUUUAAAACAGCACCAAGUAACUUGGGGAGAGGGGGGAGGGUGGGCCUGGGGCUCUGGGGCUGUUCAACCUAACGAAUCCCUGUCGCUGCAUCGUCUGUGUGUUCCCUUCGACUUGGCUGAGUCAAUUAAGUACAGGGUUCGGUUUAGGCACCAACCCAAGUCGGAAUAACCC